CCAAUUUUCGUGAAGAUAUCUCGUAAAGUAAAAAAGUUUUCCAUAGAAGAACUUGAUUUCGCUAAUACAGUUUGUAUUGUCCGGUAUCGGCGGUUCCGACAAAUCCGCAAUCUCUUGGAGAGAAAAGGAGGUGUGCAACAUUUCAAGUCGAUAUCUCAAAAACUAAGGAACCAGAUAUACAGAAGGACAGCCCUAAGGGGGUUCAGCUCGUUGUGCCGAUUACUUGUGUAUAUAUUAUACAUAUAUUAAGAUCAUUCCAUUUUAUUUGCUUUUGAUAGCGCCAUCAAUUUGUAUGAACAUGUCGCAGUCAAUAAUUUCGUGCUAAGCAUUUAUGUGAGUGCGCGUUCGUUUGAUGUGUUUACAGCACAUACAGACAUUUUUAUUAGAAAUACGCACACAUGCAAGCGAAAUCGUUAACACGCCAUGCACCUAUGGAAUAUAUGGUCGCUACUCAUCAUCGGCCACUGUUGGAAUCUAUGCGAAGUCAUCAGACUAGUUGAUGCGGGCAUUCUAAACACCAUCUUAGGCGUUCCCAGCGAGUGUGUGCACCAGAACAGCGUGUGGCCGUGUAAAUUGUCUUUCUCCUGUUGGCUGCAAGGUGGGCGCCACGCAAAAGGCUGUGGCGCCAACAAAUGGUUAUUUUCCUGUUGCAUCGGCGGCAGUGGCAACGCCAAUACAGCGAACAAUAUAGCCAUCACAGCAGCAGCGGUACAGUAUGGACUUUACCAGGGAAAUAACGAUCAUCCAUCUGCUGGAAAUCUCGUAAGUAACACGCUCACUGACUAUAAGCGUCUGGCGGCUAGUGCUCCCAGUGGCAUAGGUGUUAGUAGCAGUGGUGUUGGUGGUAGCGUGCUACCCAAACGCGUAAUGCUAAAGCGACGCAAUGAGAAUGACGUGUUCAUCAAGCUCGAAUGCGGUUUGCCACGCGCCGCACAGCGUACACUGCAAAAGCGCAUCAUUGGUGGCAGGACUGCGAAUUUCGCCGAAUAUCCUUGGCAGGCGCAUAUACGUAUAGCGGAGUUUCAAUGUGGCGGUGUUUUGGUUUCACAUAAUAUCGUCGCGACGGCGGCACAUUGCAUACAACAGGCGCGUCUACCGGACAUUUCAGUGUUUCUGGGCGAAUUGGAUACACAGAAUUUGGGGCAUAUACAUGAGCCGCUGCCGGUGGAGAAGCAUAAAGUCAUACAGAAGAUUGUACAUCCGCGCUUUCAGUUUCGUAUGACGCAGCCGGAUCGUUUCGAUGUGGCGCUACUUAAGCUAGCCAAGCCAACGGGGUUUAGUGAUCACAUUCUUCCCAUUUGCCUGCCACAAUUCCCCAUCACUUUAAUUGGUCGUAAAGGCUUGAUCGCCGGUUGGGGCAAAACUGAGGCCAGUAUGGGUCACACGGGCACUAAUAUGUUGCAAGUAGCAACUGUACCAAUCAUCACUACCUUUGAUUGCAUACGCUGGCACGAGAGUAAACGUAUCAAUGUGGAACUUUAUAGCGAAAUGUUUUGUGCGGGACACUCGGAUGGGCAUCAGGAUGCGUGUUUGGGUGACUCUGGUGGCCCGCUGAUUAUCAAAGAACGCGGCCGUUUCAUACUGGUUGGCAUCACUAGCGCCGGUUUUGGUUGUGGCGUCGAUCAUCAACCGGGCAUUUAUCACAAUAUACAAAUGACUGCUAAAUGGAUACAGGAAAUGAUUGUGCGACAUGCCUAAGCGACGCCAUUGCACCGAAUCUUCAACAAAUAUACAUUAUAUUGAGACUUAGUUCAGUUUUAUUGCAAAACCUUUAGCAAUAUAGUAUUGAAUGUUAAAUAAAUAAAAGUUAGCGUAAAAUAAUUUUCAAUAUGUUAGUCAAGACUUGCUUAUUUUUUAGUGUAGUUUAUUAAUUAGUAUUUUUAUAAUUUUUUUAAGAAAUUAAUUUAGUUAGAAAUUAUUGAAUAUUUUCCAAGUAAUGUCA